AUGUUCGAUUCAUUAGUAAAUAUUACGACCACCCCAGAUGGCAUCAACUCCAGCUCGUUUUUCCAGAGAAAAUGGGAUGCGUUCCUCGAUGUUGUUGGUGAUGACCCGGGGUUCAUCUACGUUUGGUGUCUAACGAUUUGGACCUACGGCCUCUUCUGGACCAUUGGUGGCAUCUUCGUGUUCAUGGACAUCACCAACAAGCCGAAAUUCAUGCGCAAAUACAAAAACCAACCCGGUACACAUGAGCCACUGGAAUGGAGUAAACUGAAGUCAGUGAUAAAGACCGUUAUCAUCAACCAACUGGUGUUUGGACUCCCGACGUCCUACCUAACGUUCCAUGGCCGGAUGUGGCUUUCUAUGGAUGUACCAGAAUUGCGACCCCUCCCGUCGCUUGAGCUCAUCAUUCGGGACAUGCUGGUGUGCAUCGUGGCCUGGGAAGCCACCUUCUACUACAGCCAUCGACUGCUGCAUCUCAACUUCUGGUACAAGCACAUCCACAAGAAGCAUCACGAGUGGUCAGCACCAAUCGCCUGGGCCGCCAUGUACGCUCAUCCAAUCGAGUUCAUCAUCAGUGAUCUGCUGCCGGUGUACGUUGGACCCGCUAUUUUGGUUCCCCAUCCAGUGACGAUCGCCAUCUGGUUCGUGUUUGUCAUGAUGGACACCCUUGUUGAUCAUUCCGGUUAUCACCUGCCGGUGCUUGCAAGCUCCGAACAGCACGAUUAUCAUCAUUCGAAAUUCAACCAGUGCUACGGACCCUUCGGUUGGUGGGACACCCUACAUGGUACGAACGAAGAAUUCCGCAAGAAGAAACAAAACCUACGAGACAAGAGAAUAUUCUCCCUGAAGUCAGCACGUGAGCUGAUUCCAGACGAGUAGACUGGAGUAUAAUACUUAGGGUUGGAGGAAUCAUAAUGAGUUGCCACUAAACAA